CCUCUCUUACUGACUCUCACAGAUGGCGCUAUCAGAUUUUUUUCAAUACUUUCAGGUUUUGUUGUGACCGCUCUGUCUUUGGGAACAUGCAGGGAGAGAGAUCAUUGUCCCGUCACUUGUCCUUGCCCCCGGCAGCAUGGAGCAGCUUGGGGUCAUCUAUGAGGUGUCCCUUGGCUCCUCCCCGCCCAGGGCUCACAAACACUCAGACUGGCGGUAUUUUCUUUGGCAGAGCUCCUCGUGUGCAGGGAUGUGUUUGGCCAUCCAUCUCUUCCUUUUGCUGUCCACAGGUGAACCGUGCUGAUACAGAGGCAACGUCCUAGGAGCUGCUAAGAUGGGCAUGAGGAUCAAACUGCAAAGCACCAACCACCCCAACAACCUACUCAAGGAACUCAACAAGUGCCGGCUCUCGGAGACCAUGUGCGAUGUCACCAUUGUGGUGGGGAGCCGCUCCUUCCCGGCCCACAAGGCCGUGCUGGCCUGCGCGGCGGGCUACUUCCAGAACCUCUUCCUGAAUACAGGGCUGGAUGCUGCCAGGACCUACGUGGUGGACUUCAUCACCCCUGCCAACUUCGAGAAGAUUCUGAGCUUCGUCUACACGUCGGAGCUCUUCACAGACCUGAUCAAUGUUGGGGUCAUCUAUGAGGUGGCUGAGCGCCUGGGCAUGGAGGAUCUCCUCCGGGCCUGUCACUCCACCUUUCCUGACUUGGAGAGCACCGCCGUGGCCAAGCCCCUGACCAGCAGCGGGGAGAGCCACUCUGGUACCCAGAGUUGUAGCUCGGCAGAACCUGCCUGUCCGCUUGGAGACCUCCGGGGGGGUGGGGAGCACUUCGGUCCUGAUAGGAACUAUGUGUUACCUAGUGAUGCUGGAGGAAGCUGUAAAGAGGAAGAGAGAAAUGUCACCAGUGACACUAACCAUAGCUUGCCUCUGUCGCAGCAGCCCAUGCCGCCAAAGACGGAAGACCAUGACGGCCCUGCUCCUUUCAACCCCGUCCCUAGUCUGGUGACUCAGCCGGUCCUAGGCGCCGUCAGCAUGGGCAUCCAAACCAGCGUGAGCUCUUGUCAGCCGUACAAGGUUCAGAGCAACGGAGACUUCAGCAAAAACAGCUUCUUCCCCCCUGACCGUGCAAUUGACAUUACCCCUGGGACCAACUCGUGUCUGAGCAAUAGCGACCACUCCAAAGAUCCGGGCUUCGGUCAGAUGGAUGAGCUCCAGCUGGACGAACUGGGGGAUGAUGACUUGCAGUUUGAAGACCCCACCGAGGAGAUAGGCACAGCCGAGGAGGUGAUUGAGUUGAGUGACGACAGUGAGGAUGAGCUGACUUUUGGCGAGAGUGACAACCGGGAGAAUAAGGCCAUGCCCUGCCAGGUGUGCAAGAAAGUUCUAGAGCCCAACAUUCAGCUCAUCCGACAGCAUGCUCGGGACCAUGUGGACCUGCUGACAGGCAACUGCAAGGUCUGCGAAACCCACUUCCAGGACCGAAACUCCAGGGUGACCCACGUUCUGUCCCACAUCGGCAUUUUCCUCUUCUCCUGCGACAUGUGUGAAACUAAGUUCUUUACCCAGUGGCAGCUUACCCUCCACCGACGGGAUGGGAUAUUUGAGAACAACAUCAUUGUCCACCCCAACGACCCCCUCUCUGGGAAGCUGGCUCUCUUUUCUGGGGCAGCCGCUGCAGAGUUGAAGUGCGCUGCCUGUGGGAAGGCACUGGCCAGAGAUUUCCAUGCAGUCCGAGGACACAUCCUUGACCAUCUGCACCUGAAGGGCCAGGCCUGCAGUGUCUGUGACCAGCGCCACCUCAACCUCUGCAGCCUCAUGUGGCACACGCUGUCCCACCUGGGCAUUUCCGUCUUCUCCUGCUCUGUCUGUGCAAACAGUUUCGUGGACUGGCACCUUCUAGAGAAGCACAUGGCCGUGCACCAAAGCCUGGAGGAUGCCCUCUUCCGCUGCCACCUGUGCGGCCAGAGCUUCAAGUCAGAGGCCGCCUACCGCUACCACGUGAGCCAGCACAAAUGCGGCAGUGGCCUUGACGCCCGGCCCACCGCGGGGCUGCAGCACCCCACUCUCCAGAAGCGGAAGCUGCCGGCGGAGGAGUUCCUGAGUGAGGAACUGGCUCUGCAGGGCCAGCCCGGGAACAGCAAGUAUAGCUGCAAGGUCUGUGGCAAAAGGUUUGCCCACACGAGUGAGUUCAACUACCACCGGCGCAUCCAUACGGGCGAGAAGCCGUACCAGUGUAAGGUGUGCCACAAGUUCUUCCGAGGCCGCUCGACCAUCAAGUGCCACCUGAAGACGCACUCGGGGGCCCUCAUGUACCGUUGCACAGUCUGUGGCCACUACAGCUCCACGCUCAACCUCAUGAGCAAGCACGUGGGCGUGCACAAAGGCAGCCUCCCACCUGACUUCACCAUUGAGCAGACCUUCAUGUACAUUAUCCAUUCCAAAGAGGCGGAGAAGAACCCGGACAGCUGACUGGGUCCCCGCGGAGCCAAGGGCAGCUCCCAGGCAGCAGCCAGGACGUUGAUAUUCUAAUGGCUGUUGGGCCCUCUGCAGUUUCAAUUUGGCCUUGCUAGGAAAUUCUGUUCUGUCUUGUGUUAAAAGAGGAAGAAAGAGCACACAAGCUGUUACUGUUUUUGAGAAGCAAUGGCCCUAUCAUGUUUACCUCCUUAUCUGUUCUUGCCCACGGUGGGCUGUGUUUUUGAGUCUUCGGAGGCCGGGCUUGGGAUCUGGUCAGGCAGUUGAUGUCAACUAGAUCCCCUGACUAGAUCCCCUCUCCACACCUCUCAAGUUUUAGUUUACUGAUAGGUAUUUAUGCUGCUAAGAAUCCAACCAACAGCCUCACUGAAUAGAGGAGGUGGAGAGAGGUUUUCACUGUGGGUAUUAUUGCCAGAUUUCCAACUGGGAUGCCCAGCUCUGAGAGAGAUUUGGGGAAUGUGGUCUUUCAGAAAAGACUAGUCUGCAGGGCAGCUCACUUCAGGCACCAGGCCCGGCCCUCAGCAGGGAAAAGGCAGAUGGGACGGCGGCGCCUGCUCGUUUCCAUGCUCUCAUCUGCUGGGGGGGAGAGGAAAAUCUUUCGGCAGCUAGAUCCAAACUGGGGGCAGAACUUUCUGUUUAGGUCAGAAAGCUUUGGGAUGAAUCCUUGCUGGUCAGAAGAGGUGUCCUCCAGGUCCGCCGGAAGUGGCAGCCUGGACGGACAGGAAGGGAGUCUUCUCUUUUCUCCUCGAUUCCAAAGAAAUAAGAUUUUAUGGCGUUGUAGCCCAGGUGGUUGGUUAGGCCUUCCCUGUGGGGCAAAGAGGACAGGGAGCCCUUUGAUACAGUCAUCUGUCAUCUGGCUACCUCCGUCGACCUUGAGUUUCCUGGUGGAGAGGUGGGGAUGUCUCUGACAGCAGCAACCUUGCCUUAAUUUACAUCCAGUCUCCCACCUAGAAGUGUGUUUGACCUGUGGUGUAGAUGAGAAGACCCCACGGGGUGGCAGAGUGAUGGACUGUGAGCCCUUCAGGAUCGAAGGGACCCGAGUGUGUAACGGGAUGUGCGGUCUUUCUGUCCCAGUCGGGUAACCUGUUGUUUACUUUGUGCUAACUGCCAGGAGCUUUGGCAGCUCACCUUUGACCUGCUGGAAUUUAUCCUGAUCUGUCAUUGCAUCGCCACCAGGGGGCGUUAUUGGACGGCAGCUGGUGCAGGCCUGCCCCAGGUGGCUGGGAUGGAGUCUGCCCAGUCCUUGGGGCUGGUUGCUCCAUUCUUUGUGGCUUUUGAGGGGUUCUUGCCCAAAGAAGGCUUGAGGGAGAGGGCCUUCGGAUCCCGCAUAUUCACAAGGUAGCACCUCAGUAACUCAUACUACCUCAGCCUGCUCAGGCGAGCUCUGGGAGUCCCUGGCCUAGGCCCUGACACUGCCCUUGGGGGGACUCAGCAGCACCCGGGCUGUUUCACAAGCGAGUGGUUUUAAUUAACUCACAGAGCCUUUUGGAACAUUGAUAUUUAUUUAUUUUUGCUUUUAUAUACAUAGUACCCAGCAUCUCUUUUGGAUAAGUGACUUAAGGAAAAUGAGUUUCUCCCCAGUGAGUAGCCAUAGUCCAGGGGACGGUCCUGGCCAGAGGUUUGGAAAUGGGGGCUCGGACUCAGGGAGAAGGUGUCUAGCCUUUAAACAAGCGACUCCUUUUCUUUCUGUCCAGAUAGUCUCUUGCAGAAUAAGCCCAGGGAACCCUUUAGGUAAUGGAUGUGAGUUCUAGAAAGUUGGAGCUUAUUAAAUUCCUCGGCCUUUCCUGCAUGCGCUUGAGUAGAUAGGGGACCGGGUUGAGGGGAACAAGUUAAAUGAAGGAACUUUUUGCACAUUUUCUCAUCCUUCCUAAACUUGGAAAGCUAUAUUAAGACACACAGGCAAGCCAAAGUUCCGUCCCUGUCGGACUUGCUGCCUCUCUCUCUAGCCCUAAAUUGGUAAAGCCUCCCAGUUGGGGUGCCUGGCUCUCUGGUGGGGUGACUGUUACAUGAAGGGAUGUGUACCAGUGGCCGCUUUUCGCCAUCGAACUUGUUAUUCGUCCCCUCAGGUCAUUCUUGUCAAGAAAGCAGUGCUGAGACUUUCUGUCCCUGACUGGCUUCUCCCUUUCUUUUCCCGCACUGACCGUUGGAAAUUUUAAGAAGGCGAAUGUGUGGAAGACCGCCGUCAAGUAUCUGCUAAGCUUUUGAAGGCUGAGUGAUCCCUCCUAGACUGUCAAUGAGGACCAAUUUUUGAACGGUCAGAUUUGAGAGAGGUGGUACUUACUGGAACCCAGCCAGCUGGCCAAGCAUGGAUCAGUGUGCUGGAGAAACCCUUUUCCUUAACGGAGGGCAUCGUGGAUGCUGGGUAGUCUGUAUACUUAACCUGAAACUGUGAAGUUUUCCCUUUUUACCAGUAAACCAAAAAGCAAAUCCUUGAACCUUGCCCCUGAAACACUAAACAAAAAGCUGCACCCCCUGAUCGUCCUGAGGCCAAGCGCUUGAUUGGGGGGUGGGGGGUUGGUUGCGGUCAGAUGUGUAGCAGGGGUCAGUAGCUUGUGAGGCUCACUGACCAAACCCCAUUUCUCUGCUUGUCCCCAUAUUCACACCUGACCCCUCCCCCUGUUUAGAGUCAUGUUUGCUGCCUCCACCUCCAGCUCACCCUUUUCCGAACUGUUUUACUUGAAACUCUAUGUUGUGGCAAAGGGCACUCUGGGAUCCCUGGUCGAAGGUAUUCAUUUUAUUUUGAGUUUUUUAAACUUUUUCAGCCUUCUGUUUUGUUGCCUCUCUGCCUUGGAGCCCAGUUUAGCAGUCUGCUGUAAUGUUCUGAGGUUCUCUCUGACCCCCUGAAUGUCUUUUCUCCUCCCCCUUCUUCUCUGUUGUUCUGUACUCAGGACCAGCUACAUAAUUUGCAGAGUCCUUUGUUUAAAAAUGAAGAAUUUCAAGAUGGCGACUGUAGAGCAUUAAAUCAGGCACGAGGCUAUUCCUGACCUGUUUCUUAAGGGAAGAAGGUAAUACUUGCAUAGCACGUCAGAAUAAAUAGCAGAGGCUGCUUUUGGCCACAGGAAGGGGUCCGUCUCCCGCCUCUCCUGUGAGCCGGUGCUGGCUUGCUAAUGCCGUAGUGCCUGCUGGGAAGCUCUGCUACAUUUUAGUAUUUGGUCCCACAUUUUAAGAUCCCAGGGAGUCUCUAUAGUUUAUGGCUAGGUGGAAAGAAAGGAGGUGGGGGUUGGGCCCGGGUGACCCCUAAGAACCAGGAAAUGGGUAAACUCUUUUUUUUACUUUAUUCCCUUCUGAUCCAUCAGCACCCCUUUGUCUCCAGGACAAAACUUUGGGCCUAAAUACCUUCUCCCAGUCAGGUUUUGCUACUGAUGAAUUUUCUUUGUCUUCUAGCCUCUUACUGUGCCCUGUUCCUGAGACUACUCAACUUUGGAAGUGAAUUUAAAUCCUUUUCUAGGUGGACACUGAUUUUGUUGGUGUGGGAGUGGGCUGUGGAGAAGUCUGCCCGUCCGGAUGUCCCCUCACAUCCUUUGCUUCAGUCCUGCCCUGAUUGGGUCAGGAAGCCGGGGGCACACAGCAUUCAUUUCACUGUCAUCACUCAUCGGCAAACUUAACAUCAGAAUGAAAAUGAAACUGUUUUGAUUUUGCUGUUUCUUUAACACCCUUCCCCUGUCCAGUCCACCCUUCCCUCCCACCUCUGCUAGUGAAAGUCUCUUAUGAAACCGAGAAGAGUUGUUGACGCCUAACUUCCUUCCAUUAAAUUAAUAAGUACUGACCUCCUAAUAUUUAAGUGUUUACUAUCUAUUGCUGUAAAGUUUUGUAUAUUUUGUAAACUUCUUUUCCCAAAUAGUAGAUGUCUAAAAUCGUUGUACAUCUGAUUCUUUUAUAUUCCAUUGUUCGGCACAAAGUGUGGUUUUUAUUUAGAAUAAAAAAAGGAAACUUGAAACAGGAAUUCUUUUCCUCUUGACUGGGGUUACUCUGUCCCUUGAGUUCAGAAGAUUGGGGCCCAACACUCGGUAGCGGCAGCAU